AUGGGCAAUGAGAUCAAAUUCUCCCAGAUAAUCGUCAAUGGAGUCGGCAAACUUGUAGUUUCCAAGAGACGCGCCUUGAAUAAGUCAGAUGCGAUUCAACAAGGGCCAUUCCUUUUCCAAAUACGCUGCGAAUUUCUCGCGCGCUCCCGGGGCGGGAUCUGUGACGGUAACGUUCAGCCCUCUGGCGAGGAAGAGGGCGAUCCAGCUGGUGCCGAUAACACCGACAUUCUUAAUGGAAGAACUCUACGACAUAUCACAUGUCCUAUGGGUUUGUCCUGCGUGCACGCGUGGAAGAUGAACGAGACUUAUGUAUUCGGGGACAGAGUGAGGGAAAAGAUUGGAAGCGAGAAGGUGGACCUCGGUUAA